AUGGUCAGCCCGCAGAUGCCCCAGCUCCUGCCCCGGACGGUGAUCCUGGCGCUUAUUUUCCUUCCCCAGGCACGGCCGGCAGGCGUCUUCGAGCUGCAGAUCCACUCUUUCAGGCCGGGACCAGGCCCGGGGGCCCCGCGGUCCCCCUGCAGUGCGCAGGGCCCGUGCCGCCUCUUCUUUAGGGUCUGCCUGAAGCCGGGGGUCUCCGAGGAGGCCGCCGAGUCUCCGUGCGCCCUGGGCGCGGCGCUGAGUGCGCGCGGACCCGUCUACACCCAGCAGCCCGAAGCGCCCGCGCCUGACCUGCCUCUGCCCGACGGCUUCAUGCGCGUGCCCUUCCGGGAAGCCUGGCCGGGCACCUUCUCUCUCAUCAUCGAAACCUGGAGAGAGGAGUUAGAACAGAUUGGAGGACCCGCCUGGAGCCUGCUGGCGCGCGUGGCCGGUCGGCGCCGCCUGGCUGCCGGGGGCCCGUGGGCCCGGGACGUGCAGCGCGCAGGCGCCUGGGAACUGCGCUUUUCCUACCGCGCGCGCUGCGAGCCGCCCGCCGUCGGGGCCGCAUGCGCGCGGUUCUGCCGCUCGCGCAGCGCCCCCUCGCGGUGCGACUCGGGACUGCGCCCCUGCGUGCCGGUCGAGGACGAGUGCGAGGCCACGCCGGCGUGUCGAGCGGGCUGCAGUCCCGACCACGGCUUCUGUGAGCAGCCCAAUGAAUGUCAAUGCCUGGAGGGCUGGACUGGGCCCCUCUGCACCAUCCCUGUCUCCAGCAGCUGCCUGACUCCCAGGGGCCCAUCGGCUGCCACCCCUGGAUGCCUCGUACCCAGGCCUGGGCCCUGUGACGGGAACCCGUGUGCCAACGGGGGCAGCUGUAACGAGACCCCGGGAUCCUUCGAAUGUGCCUGUCCCCGCGGGUUCUAUGGACUGCGGUGCGAGGUGAGCGGGGUGACGUGUGCGGAUGGACCCUGCUUCAAUGGCGGCUUAUGUGUGGGAGGCGCGGACCCUGACUCUGCCUACAUCUGCCACUGCCCACCGGGGUUCCAAGGCUCCAACUGUGAGAAGAGAGUGGACCGGUGCAGCCUGAAGCCAUGCCGGAACGGCGGGCUCUGCCUGGAUCUGGGCCACGCUCUGCGCUGCCGCUGCCGAGCCGGCUUCGCGGGGCCGCGCUGCGAGCACGACCUGGAUGACUGCGCCGGCCGCGCCUGCGCCAACGGCGGCACGUGCCUGGAGGGCGGCGGCGCGCGCCGCUGCUCCUGCGCGCUGGGCUUCGGCGGCCGCGACUGCCGCGAGCGCACCGACCCGUGUGCCGCGCGCCCCUGCGCCCACGGCGGCCGCUGCUACGCCCACUUCUCCGGCCUCGUCUGCGCCUGCGCGCCCGGCUACAUGGGCGCGCGCUGCGAGUUCCGGGUUCACCCCGACGGCGCGGACGAAGGCGCAGGUGCGUUGCCCGCGGCGCUGCCGGGCCUGAGGCAGGGGGACCCGCAGCGCUUCCUUUUGCCUCCGGCUUUGGGACUGCUGGUGGCCGCCGGCUUGGCCGGCGUUGCGCUCUUGCUGGUCCACGUUCGGCGCCGUGGCCCUGGCCAGGAUACUGGGUCUCGCCUGCUGGCGGGGACUCCGGAGCCAUCGGUGCACGCGCUCCCAGAUGCACUCAACAACAGGAGAGCGCAGGAGGGUUCGGAGGAUGGGCUGAGCCAGCCAGCGGAUUGGAAUCACCCCGAAGAUGGAGACUCUCGUGCGAUUUACGUCAUAUCUGCUCCUUCCAUCUAUGCCCGGGAGGUAGCUACCCCCCUGUACCCGUCUGCACACACUGGGCACGCUGGGCGGAGGCAGCCCCUGCAUUUCCUGUAGCCCUCUUUUACUCUAUCUGUAAAACAAGGAAGAGACCUCUAUAAAAAGGCUCUUAUUGUGAUCAGCUUUGACUCAUUGGGCUAA